AACAGAAAUAUUACUACGUUUUUUGUUUACUAAAUGGAAUUUUUCUUAAGAGAAAAAAAAGUUUUGCAAAAUGUAUCAUACAAAUAAAUUGUUUUAGUCUAUUUUGAAAUGAAAAAAAAAAAAGAGUUCAAUUGUGAAUUUGUAAUUUUCUAUUUUAAUGGUCUAACCGGUCAUUCGCAAAAUUGACAAAUAGAAAGGUUGUUUCUCGUGUGGAACGUGAGAAAAAAAAAAGAAUUUCAAGCAUUUCAAAUGGAAAUCACUAAAGAUACAUAAUGAAAUCCACGGUAUUUGGUUUAAACACUUGAUGAACUAAAUAAAUGGUUUACUACGCUUCAUUGGCUAAGAAGUACCAUAAGAAGUAAGGGGUGCCAGUCAUGCAUGCCAUGACAAUUAGGAGGUUUUAAUAACACAGUUGUAGGACGGCUUUUGCUUCAGUUAAUAAAGUUGAUCAAGAAUAUUAUUUAUUAUAUGGCCCAUCAACGGUUCUUCAUAGAAUCGAUUGAAAAAUGAUUAAACUUGUUAUAUUAAUUUUGAACCAGUUAUAUACUUAUCAUGGGCAACUGCGUAAUUUCGCGUAACGAUAGAUUGUUAAGUGAGGUAAACCAUUUAAAAAUUUCAAGGGAGUGUGUCGUCUAUAAUAUUGCGCACGCGUUUAAAAGACUGUUAACAUUUAAAAUACAUAAAAAAUCCGAGUCAUAUGUCGAAGAUAAAACAUUAUCUAUUAUGAAAGCUACAGAUAAUGAUACGUCUUUUCCGCAAUCUGCCAUGUUUUCAGAGAGAAAGAUGGCUGAUAGGGAAAAGUUUGGUCGUAUUCGUCCAGACCAAUGUGACAGAGAGGUUGAAGAGGAUAUUAAUGAAAAAGAAAUGUUUAGACAAAAAACAGAAAGCGACCGACAACUUAUUAAAUUAGCUCUCAAAAACAAUUUUGUUUGUUCUUCGUUAAACGAAGAAGAAGUCAAUUGUCUUUGUGACGCUAUGCGUUUCUAUGUAUUCUAUAAGUCAGACUAUGUUUGUUAUCAAGGAAAUCUUGGAUCUCAUUUUUUUAUUGUACAUUCUGGAGAAUUUGAUGUUUUGAUUGAUAAUAUAUUAGUUAAUAAGAUGAAACAAGGUAAAGCGUUUGGGGAAUUGGCACUCAUUCAUAACACGCCUCGCUCUGCGUCCGUUCGAGCGGUAAUGGACGGAGCUUUAUGGGGAGUUGAGUUAUCCACAUUUCGUAACAUAUUGAAACACCUUUCAAGCAGAAAUUACGCGGAAAAUCGUCAGUUUUUAGAUUCAGUUAAAAUUUUUGAACUUCUUACUGAUUUUCAAAAAGUUAUGAUAACCAAUGCAUUGGUAGUACAAACAUUUAUAAAUAAUCAAGCUAUUGUAAAGGAAGGGGAAACGGGUGAUGUUCUGUAUAUUAUAAAGGAAGGUGAAGCUCAUGUCAUUAUUAAAGGAGUCACUAUACGAAAAUUAGGAAAGGGAGAUUAUUUUGGUGAACGAGCUUUAUUAUAUGAUCAGCCGCGUUCGGCUACCAUUGUGGCUACUAGAAAAACUGUGUGUGUAUCCAUUGGUCGUGAUCUUUUACAAAAAGUGCUAGGAAAUUUACAACAUGUUUUGUUCCGAAAUAUUAUGCUUAUAGCUCUUCAAAAUAGUCCCGUGUUUCGAAAAUUCACGGAACACCAACUCUCUUCAUUUAUUGAAGGAGCGGUUAUGAAGGAUUUCCCUGCUAAUUAUGUUAUUCGAAAUCGUAAAAUUAAUGCAAAGGGAAUUUGUUUUUUAAUAGUAUUAGAAGGGCAUAUAGUGGUAAAAAUGAACGAAAGGCUCGUAUGUUCACUGAUUCGAGGACAAAGUUUUGGAGAUAAUUAUAUUUUAAAUACGGAUCAAGCAUUUCCUUAUUCAGUGGAAACAUUAUCUCACUGCAAACUAGCUUUGCUUACAACAAGACUUUUCUCUUCUAUAUUGCGCUCAGAUAAUAUAGAAAAAGCUUUAGAUUAUAAUCAAAAAAAGUCUAUUGUAAAAAAAAUGUACAUUGCCCAGUUUCUAUCUGAAGAAAAAAUCGAUAUUCUAGUUCGUGCAUUUAAAACUGAAGUCUAUAAAAUGAAUGAAAUAAUUUUACGUGAAGGGCAUAUAGGAACACGUUUUUAUAUCAUUAAAUCGGGGGAAGUAAUUGUAUCUCAACAACACAAAAAAUUGAGAACUUGUGGGCGUCAUGAUUAUUUUGGGGAACGUGCUUUACUCUAUGAUGAACCACGCACUGCUUCAGUAGAAGCGUCUUCCGACGUUGUCGAAUUAUGGGUAGUUGAAAAAGCUACUUUUCUUCAGUUUAUGCAAGGGCCUAUGUUGCAUCAUUUAGAAGAGCGUAUUAGACUUCAGGAUACCAAAGUAACAUUUGAUGAGCUUGUUGUAGACCGCAUUAUUGGAAAAGGAACGUUUGGUACAGUAAAAUUGGUAACGCAUAAGAAAACAGGAGUUCGCUAUGCGCUCAAGUGUGUCAGCACACGCACUGUCAUUCAAUUAAAACAAAAAAAUCAUAUUCGAUUAGAGCGAGAAAUAUUAGCGGAAAAUGAUCAUCCUUUUAUCAUUAAAUUGGUUAAAACUUUUGGAGAUAGACGGUAUUUAUAUUUCCUAAUGGAGUUAAUAACGGGUGGUGAAUUGUAUGAUGCUAUUCGUCGUAUCGGUUUAUUAAAUCGUACACAAAGCCAGUUCUAUUUAGCUUCCAUAAUUUUAGCUGUUGAAUAUCUUCAUGAACGUAAUAUAGGAUAUCGUGAUUUGAAACCUGAAAAUAUUCUUUUAGAUUCUCAAGGAUAUAUAAAAUUAAUUGACUUUGGUUGUGCUACAAAAAUUACUGGUCGUUGUUAUACAUUUGUGGGAACACCUCAUUAUAUGGCACCCGAAGUUAUUUUAGGAAGAGGAUAUACAGCAUCCGCUGAUAUAUGGGCUUUUGGUGUAUGUUUAUAUGAAUUUCUCUGUGGUCCUCUUCCGUUUGGUAACGACGCUGAGGAUCAACUCACAAUUUUAAGAGAUAUUCUUACAGCUAAACUUGCUUUCCCUAGUUAUGUUACGGAUCAAGAUGCUAUAAAUUUAAUUAAACGGUUAUUAUGUCGUUCACCUGAAAUACGCAUAGGUUGCUCAGUCAAUGGAUAUAAAGAAAUAAAAGAACACCGAUUUUUUAAUAACUUUGAUUGGCAUAAAUUAUUAAUACGAGCAAUAACGCCUCCAUUAGUUCCAACAAAAGAAUUUUACACCGAGGAUAGUGAACCGGGUCGCCCUAGUAUAUCCUCUAUAGCCAAUAAACAUGAUACAGGUGAAAUAGAGGAUUACGAUUGGGAGAAAGAUUUUGAAUUGAUUGAGACAUCUGAACAUAAAGCAAUCCAUUAAUUUGUUUAUUAAGGUAUAAUAUAAU